AUGACUGGUUCAGGUGAUAAGAUUGAGAUGCCGGCGCUGGGCCGCCCUUUCCAGUUGGGAAUGUUGUAUGACUGCCGCAAAGAUGAACUUAUCCCAGGCAUCACUCUGUGGGACCUGGAGAAACUCCAAAAUGACGUGGAUGUAAAACCGCAGUCCAAGACGGAAUUUCAGAUCAUUGCAUCAGACACCAUUGAUGCCAAGGCCUCUGCUCUCAAGGUCACAGCUUCACUGAAGGCCAGUCUCCUCUCAGGCCUGGUGGAAGUGAAUGGUUCAGCACAAUAUUUAAAUGAUUCCAAGACAUCCAGACAUCAGGCCCGUGUCACUCUGCAGUACUCCACCACCACCCAGUUCAAGCAGCUGACGAUGAGCCGUAUUGGUCGCCAAAAUGUCUCCUACCCUGAUGUAUUUGACCAAGGCACGGCCACCCACGUGGUCACUGCUGUGCUGUACGGGGCUCAGGCCUUCUUUGUGUUUGACCGGGAAGUGUCUGCAUCUGAAAACAUCCAAGAUAUACAGGGAAACCUGCAGGCUUUGAUUAAAAAAAUACCACAAGGUAACUUAGAUGUGGACGGAGCUCUCAAAAUGGAUGCCCAAGAGAAAACCAAGUCUGAAAAAUUCAGCUGUAGGUUUUAUGGUGAUUUUGCUCUUGAGACUCCAGUGACUUACCAGGAUGCCAUGAAAGUUUAUGCUGCACUCCCCAAGAUGCUGGGUGACAAAGGAGAAAAGGCCGUGCCCGUGAGAGUCUGGCUGUACCCGCUGACCAAGCUGGACUCCAAAGCCACUAAGCUGGUCUGUGAGAUCAGCCUCAUGCUGAUCUUUGAUGCCCAGGCUGUGCUGGAGCAGCUGGCAGAAGUAGACAUGCGCUGCAAUGACCUGAUGAAGAACCGGAUUGCCACGACCUUCCCUGAGAUCAGGAGGAAACUGCAGCAAUUCCAAGACCUGUGCAAGCAGCACAGACAGACUUUCCAGAAACAGCUGGCAGGACUCUUGCCCUCCAUCCGUGGCAGGGGAGAAAAGGAACAGAUCCUGGUGGAUAUUUUUACUUGCAACAACCAAUCUCCAUUCAAUACAGAACGACUCCAUGAAUUCCUGGAUAAAAAGGAACGAGAAAUGAACUUUGUGACUUCCUACCUUUCUAUCCUAAAGGAUAUGGAGGUUUUGUCUUCCCAGAAUAAGCUGGAUGAAAUAGUACUUGACCACACAUAUGACUCUGUCAUGUGCUUUACAUUCACCUCAUUGUCUGACAAGGAGCCCUAUUUGUCAGAUUUAAAGCUCUGGCUUCAGACCCAGUAUAUGAAGUACACAUAUGAUCCAGCCCCAGCCAGUCAUGUCAUGGAGAAGCCACAGCCCCAAAUGUGGUUUGAGGACAAAGAGAGAAACCAAAAUGUGAGAAAAUCUGCAAAAUCCACAUCAGAUUUUUUCUGUAUCAACAAAUCAAAUGCAAAGACCAAGUUUAUUGUGGCCACGGUCUCAGACAAGGACAACCCAGGAGCUUCCAUUUACCUGUAUGAGGAUGGGGAUCUGAUCAGCACCAACUUUGAGCCUCCAGCAAAACCUCUUCCUCCCUCGAUUGAUGGGAUCAGCCAUGACCAAAUACAGCUGAUGUUUACUCCAGCAGCCUUUGGAGAGGCUGUGAUAACUGGCUAUCGGGUGGAGUACAGAAGAGUGGGGCAGGAGGACUGGACAGCUGUGAAUGUGGACACCAAGCAAGAGACAUGGGCAGUAGCAGGGCUACGUGCAAACACCGAGUACCAGUUCCGAUACGCCGCAGUGAGCAAACCAGGGCUCAGUGUGAGCAGUGAUGCAAGCAGUGCGGUCAAGACACUCCCAACCAGCCCACCUGGGAAGCCUGUAGCAUCUGCUGUGGAGUCAUGUGCCAUUGCCUUGACCUGGGAGGCACCAGCUGUCCUUGGAGAGGGAGUCAGUGUAAGAGAGUACAAGGUGGAGUAUAGGGAGGAAGCUGGAGGCAGAAAUCCUGAGGGAAACAACAAAUGGAUGGAGAAAAGAACAGAAGGGCGCAUCGAGUUCUGCAGCGUCGAUGGACUGAAGCCCCAGACGCUCUACAGGUUCCACGUGUUGGCCGUGUGUGCAGAUGGGAGUCUGAGCGCCCCCAGCGAGGACUUUCCUGUGUCAACAUUAAAGGUCUGGACAAAUCUUCCCAUUUCAACUCUUGCGUGUGUGGAGAAAGCAGCCAUUGAGAUGCCGACUCUGGGUCGUGCUUUCCGACUUGGGAUGCUGUACGACUGCCGCACCGACACGGCUUUGCAAGAUGUCACCUUAUUGGACCCGGACGCCCUUCGGAAGGACGUAGAUACAGAGGAGAAGCAUGAGGUGGAAUUUCAGGUCAUGGCAGAUGACACCAUUGAAGACAAAGCCUCCAUGCUCCGUAUGGGCCCGGCAUUGCAGACCAGCUUCCUGUGCGGUUUGGUUGAGGUGAAAGGAUCUGCCGCAUAUCUAAAUGACACCACGAGGUCCCCGCGCCAGGCCCGAGUCACUCUCCGACACCAAACAAGCACGAGGCUGGAGCGCCUGACUAUGAGCCAUUUAGGGCUCCAGCAGGUCCCUUACCCGGCUGUACUGGACCAAGGCAAAGCGACUCACGUGGUCGCUGCUGUGCUGUACGGGGCCCAGGCUUUCUAUGUGUUUGAUCAGGAAGUGGCUUCACGGGAGGUCGUACCAGAGACACAGGGCAACAUGAAGCAGCUGAUAGAAAAGCUCCCCCAGAUUUCAGCAGCUUACCAAGAUGCCACGAGAGUGUGUGCCACCCUCCCAAAGCUGGUGGGGGACGGUGGGGAGAAGGCCGUCCCGCUGAGCGUCUGGCUGUACCCGCUGAGCAGGGCCGAUGCUCGAGGCGCUGCGGUGGUCCGUGAGAUCAGUGCAAGGCUCACGGCUAAGGCCCAGGCUGUCCUGGAGCAGCUGAACGACUGCGACAGGCGGUGCAGGGACAUGAUGAGGGACAGCACGGCCCUGCGCUUCCCUGCAAUCCAGGGGAAACUGCAGCAGUGCCAGGCGCUGUGCACUCGGUACAGACAGGCCUUCCACAAACAGCUGGCCGCAAUCGUCCCUGCCAUCCGUGCAGGAGGAGCAGAGGAAGGGUGUCUGGAGGAGGUUUUAAUGAGCAUUGAACAAUCACCAGUCAGUCCUCAGCACCUCCGGGACUUUCUGGAUCUAAGAAUGGGAGAGAUGAAACUUGUGAACAUGUACCUCCCUUUGCUAGAUGGGGUGGAGGUGAUUUCUUCAGAGGAGGAUCUAAGGGACAUCGUAUCAAACCCCAUGAUUAAGUAUGUUGUCUCUUUUACAUUUACUUCUUUGCAUCGAGAGGAGCCAUUUCUAUCAGGUUUAGAUGCCUGGCUUCACACCGCGGAUGAGAAGAAAACCUGGGAUCCAGCCUCAGCCUCUCCUGCCUGCAAGAAAUCAAACUGCAGGCCGUGGUUUGAGCACGACAUUGCAAAGCGCAGAGCGCGGGACUCUGCACGUUUCUUCUCAGACUUCAUACGUGUUAAUAAAUGUAGCGGGAAGACUCGGUUCCUUGUGACCUCAGUCUAAGGUGAGGACAACCCAGGAGCUUCCAUCUACCUGUAUGAGGAUGGGGAGCUUGUGAGCACCAACUUUGAGCCUCCAGCAAAGCCUCUUCCUCCCCUGAUUGCUGGAAUCAGCCAUGACCGUGUGCAGCUCACAUUGGAGCCAGCUCCCUUUGGAGAGGCUGCGAUCACCGGCUAUCGGGUGGAGUACAGAAGAGUGGGGAAGGAGGACUGGACAGCUGUGAGUGUGGAUAACAAGCAAGAAACGUUCCCAGUCACAGGGCUAUGUGCAAACACCGAGUACCAGUUCCGAUAUGCUGCAGCGAGCAAACCAGGGCUCAGCGCGAGCAGUGAUGGGAGUGAUGCAGUCAAGACACUCCCAACCAGCCCCCCUGGGAAACCUGCAGCAACUACUGUUGAAUCAACUGCCUUCGCCCUGAGCUGGGAGGCACCCACUCUCAUUGGAGACAGAGCCACUAUCAAGGAGUACAGGGUGCAAUAUAGGGAGGAAGUUGGUGGUGAAAACCCUAUGGAGAAAGACAAAUGGUUUGAGCAGAGAACAGGAAAGAAAGUCGAGUUCUGUAAGACCCAUGGGCUGAAGCCACAGAUGUGCUACAGGGUCCGAGUCUCAGCCGUGUGGAUGGAUGAAGCUCUGAGUGCCUCCAGUGAGGACUUUUCCAUUUCAACAUUACCGCCACGUUUGGAUCCAGGAAAAGAUGUGCCAGCUCUUGCAGGCUCAGGCCCAGACAGCCACUGCCCUGGGACAUCUGAGCUGAGAAUUGUUCUCGUUGGGAAAACUGGACGUGGGAAAAGUGCAACAGGAAACAGCAUCUUGGGGGGGGAUUUUUUCUCAUCUGGCACCUCAGCCCAGUCCGUAUCAAAACAAUGUGCAAAGAAGCAGAGAGACUGGAACAGUCGGAGCCUCGUGGUAGUUGAUACUCCUGGUUUGUUAGACACAAAAAAUCCUUUACUGGAACCCAUGCAGGAGAUCGGGCGCUGUGUGGUUCUCUCCUCCCCAGGUCCCCACGCCAUCCUUCUGGUCAUGCAGCUGGGACGUUUCACUGCAGAAGAGAAGAAGGCAGUUGCUCAAAUACAAAAUGGUUUUGGGGAGGAGGCUAUUAAGUACACUAUCCUUUUGUUCACCAGAAAGGAGGAUUUAGAGGAUGAGACUUUAGAGGGGUAUUUAAAAAAAAUAGAAGACAAAGACCUUAAGGAACUGGUGGCCAAGUGUGGAAACCGAUAUUGUGCUUUCAAUAACAAGGCAACAGGACAGGAGCAGAAGGACCAGGUCUCAGAGCUGGUGGGAAUCAUUGAUCGGAUGGGCCAGCAGAACAGAGGCUCACAUUACACGAAUGAGAUGUACAAAUAUGCUGAGAGGAAACUUGAAGAAAAAAUGGAGGAGCUCACGAGAGCCCGUGCUGAAAAGGUGAAAAGAGAAAAACAAGAAAAAAGAUCUCAGUAUGACCAGGAACAUAAAACCGUGGAAACUGAAGAAACAGAAGAAGUCAAGAAGGGCCACCAGGAAUCUCUGCGUAACCUCAGGGAAGAAGCUGAGAAGGAUGUUUCUCUAAUACAACUGAUUUUAAAACGAUUUGCAAACAUAUUUUCAAAAAUCAAAAGCUGGUUUAGGUGA